AGUGGGUCGCUCUUUGCAGGUAUGCAUCCUCACGAACUUUUGGUUUCUAUGGAACUGCUACCCUUCCCUAUAUCAUGUCAGUGCUAAUCAUAUCGUGUUUUAUCUCGAUGUCUACAGCGAUUGUUACCCCGCAAAGGAUGGUAUGCCCCCCUCAUACCUCUGCCUGAGGUGCCGACAAGCUUCAGACCACAAAGACCACAAAAUCAAGUGGAUGAAAGCAGAUACCGACAUGCCAUACCCAUGUGCCUGCGGCUCCCAUUCUCUCUCGCGUCUCUCGUCUCCGAACGGAUCCUCGCCCGAGAACCCAUCUCAGACAGCAACAACAAGUGGAUCCGAGUCGUCAUCUAGCCCGGAGAUUGGCACUAUCCAUCCUCCCCCACUCUGUCAGUACCACACCAUGAUCUACAAGACCACACCUUCGACAACGCUCUUUCUGCAUUCGCACAAUCACCGAUCCGUCAAUCACCAGAACCAUAAUGAGGUCUCCGGCUAUAAAUACCACGACAGUAACAACGACUGGAUCAUUUCUCGCCCAGAUAUGGGAAAUGGCAGUAGUCGCAUGCCUUCUUCGGCCCAGUUGUCGCCCUAUCUGCAAUGGAAAGACGUCUUCUGGCUGAAGCACGUUAACACGGGCAAAUACUUUAACUCCAUGGCCAGCCGGAAGAUCAGCCAGGGGUUCCAGGAAGUCAGUGCCUUGGGAGGACCCCACAGUAACAAUGACUGGAUUGUCGAGGAGACCACCUGGUUGCGACAGCAGAUCUUAAGCGACGAAUGACCGUGGCAUAUCAAUAAAUAAUGACAGUUGAGGGAUGCAUUUUU